AUGGAGGAUAUGCCUCUACCCGCUCUCUUCGAGCAAGCUCAGAAGAUCCAUCUAACAGCGACAGAUUCUGGCGAUGUUGAUCAGGAAGUGGUGAGGAAGGGAUGCAAGGCUUUGGAGAAGUGCGAUGAAAUGAUAAGCAAGCUGGGCUUGUUCUCAACCAACGAGACCAAGGAGGAUAUCAGCACCACCAAUCUCAAAUAUCUUCUGGUGCCAUAUUAUCUUGGUGAGUUAACUGAAAAAGUUGCACAGGAUGACAGGAUGCAGAUUCUUAAGGCAUCCCAGGCUAAGUUAAAGGAAUUUAUAUCGUUUUGUGAGGCAAUGGAACUUGUACCUGAAGAGGAGUUACAAACAUCUGCGCCAGAUGGCCCAAAUUCACUUGUUGAUAGAAGAGCUCUGAAGAUUGCUCGAUUCAAACGCCAAAGAGCUGCAGAAUCAAAAUUGUUGGAAAUUAAGGAGCGGAAAGAGCGAAGAGGGCGUUCAACUAAAGCAGCUGCCUUGUCAACUUCUAUUGAGGCAGGAGAGGAAGAUGUGCUGGAUGAUGAUGGAGAGGAGGAGCGAGAGGCUUGGUUUACUACUAUCUCUUUGGCAGUUUGUAAGGCUUUUGAUCUGCUGGAGAUGCUAAAGAAAGAGGAAGAGAUGCUUCGAGCUUUUAAGGAAAGGCAGUCAAAGGAUGGGAACAAGGAAUUUUAUCAAGAUGUUCUUGAUGAUCGGGCCAAGAGGGCAGAAGCUUGGCAUCGUGAUGCUGCUGCUCGAGUGCAGUAUACCAGACCAGCAGAGCCUAUCACAUGUGCAACUUUUGCUCAAGAUGUUCUAGAAGGGAGAGCAAGUGUAUCACAGAUGCAUGAACAUAAACACCAGCCACUAAUAUUUGGACCAGCGAGUCUUGUAGGUGGAAAUCCAACAAGUGAGAGGGAAAGGAUGGCAGCUCAGGUUUUCCAGCCCAGUCAUAGGUUGCCCACCAUGAGCAUAGAGGAAGCUGGGCUGAAGGAGAUGGAGAUAAUGAACACAUGGCAAGAGAGGAAUGUUAAACUUAUGGAAGAAGCCAAUUCUGCAUGGUACAAGGAGAGUAGGAAACCAGGACCGCCUGAGGAGGAUGAUGAAGAUGAUGAUGCUGCUCAAGAUAAGGCGAGGGCAUGGGAUGACUGGAAAGAUGAUAAUCCUCGGGGUGCUGGCAAUAAGAAGCUCACCCCUUGUGGAUAA